CAAACUUGCAGAGAAUACUCAUAAAAUUAUUGCAAAAACACGUCCAACUAAAUAUAUAACAUAGAUGCAGAAAUCGGAAUGUGUCACAAGCACAUGUGAAAAAAACACGCACGACAAGAAAUGGCCGAAGAUAAAAUUGAAAUUGACUUGAAUCAGGCUGAUCUUGAUAAAGCCAUAGGAGCCCUGUUGAAACAUGUAAAACAAAAGAAUGAGAAACAUGCUCUAUUCCUAAAUGAGGGAGAGAGGGUACUCCUGCAGUUCACAUUCAAAUUGAUCCCAAGACUGAAGGGGCCUAAAACUAUCAAAGUAGACCUCCCACAUGAGAUUAAGACAGAUAACACUGAAGUUUGUCUAUUUGUAAAAGACGUGGAUGCUAAAAGUCGGGAUUAUGCCCCAAGUGUUAAACACUAUGAGGCUCUGCUUAGGGAGAAGGGUGUUACUUCAGUAGCAGAGGUAAUUCCUCUUAAGAGGCUGAAGCUAGAGUACAAAGAGUAUGAAGCCAGGAAGAAUCUGUCUAACAUGUUUGGAAUAUUUCUGGCUGAUGAGGCAAUAGUGCGCUUGUUGCCAGGCUUAUUGGGCAAACAUUUCUACAAGAGAAAGAAAAAUCCCACCCCUGUGAAUAUGACUGCCAAGAAUCUAAAGGGAGCCAUUGAGAAGGCAGUUGGUGGUACCAGGUGUAUCCUCACUGGGCAUGGCUCCUCAUUUGCUAUAGUAGUGGGCCAUACUGAGAUGAAAGCAGAGGAACUUAGAGAAAACAUUGAGGUUGCAACUCAGAAGCUUGCAGAUUCUAUCCCAGGGGGUGCCAUCAAUGUGAAAAACAUACACCUGAAGACAAUUGAGUCUGUGUCUCUGCCCCUUUAUAUAUCACUUGGUGACAAGAAUCAUGUGAAACUGCCCAAGAAAAUCUACAUCCCAGAGGUGCCUGAACCAGAAGAUGUCACUACUGUGGAAAAUGCUAGGGUCAAGGUCAGUCGCUAUGGCAACAUAGACAUUGUUUACCCUGGUCCUGGUGAAACCUUCGAUGAACCAAUAGAUGAUACCCCUGCAAAGAAACCUAAGAAGACAAAGAAAAGAAAGAGUUCUUCUGUGACAGAAAAUGAAAAGACAAGUGAGGCUCCCAUUGAGAAAAAAACUAAAACUGUAACUGAAGAAGAUGAAGUGACUGGGUCGGAACCUUCUAAAGUAAAGAAACAUAAAACUAAAACCCCAAAAGCUGAGAUGCCUGCAUCUGUUAAAAAGGCAUCAAAGAGCAUUAAAGAAGAGACUGUAUUUGAUGAAAGUGAAACGGUUGAAGUAAAGAAAAAAGACAAAAUUAAAACCCCUAAAAGUGCAAAGAAAAUUAAAGUUGAAGUGUCCACCCCAAAAUCUUCUAAGAAACAUGAAGAUAUAGGAAUUGAUGUCACCUUGAAACAGAAAAAAGAAGCUAAAACCCCUAAAUCAUUAACAAAGGUCAAAACACCAAAGAGUGCGCUUAAAACUCCCAAAAGUGGGAAGAAAAAGUAAAGAAAAAUUAAUUUAAUGAAAUAAUUGUCUAUGAUAUUGUGUACUUUACCUAAAAUUAUAUUUCAAAAAUUGCACUUCAACAUUUUUCGCUCAGAUGGAUGAUUUUGGUCUGUUCAGGUUUAUUACACUUUUGUUUUAAAUCCGUACUAUCAGGACCUUGGAAGUAUGAAUUGAUUUUAAACAGCAGUUAUCAUAUUGGUACUGCACUCUUCAAACUUUAAGUUACUGAAACAAUCCAUUUUUACCUCAAAAAGGUAACCCAAAGAAAUGUAUGUUGAUAACUCAGUCAUUCAGCAUGGGUUUGAUAUUAAAUUUAGCACAAUUAAACCUUUGUUUAAUUUUCUUUGUUCUACCAAGUUUAAUUGGUCUUUCUUCAAUG